CUCUCUGUUUUAGGGCAAAAUGCUGUCCGUGUUUCUGAUUUUGGCUCUGAUUUGCGGCUGCUCUUGUUAUCCAAGUGGAGCCCCCGAAUCGGCUUGCACUACUAUGACACCAUCCCAUGGAGUCCCUCCCCAAAAUACGUCAUCUCCUUACGUCAUUAAAUUCUCAUCUUCAAACUUUUCGAUAGACAGUAAUUUUACAGUCACGAUUUCAUCCAAGGACGGCAAUACAAGCUUUAGAGGCUUCUUGAUGGAAGUCUUUACAGACCAACCAACACCCAACCAACUGGAAGAAAGCGAAUUUAAAGUUCCAGAAAAUGCUCAUCCUACAUGUAAUGGAGGUGCAACUCAUUCUGAUGCAAAAGAAAAGCAUAUGAUUGGACUACAAUGGCAACCAACGACGAGUUUUACAGGGAAAGUCAAGUUUAGAGCCACAAUAGUCCAAGCUUAUACAGUGAUUUGGAAAAACGUCGAGUCUGAAUAUUUAUCCGUGGAUUACACAGCCCCCUCUACUUCUCCAAGUGACGUCACCACAAUUUCACACCCAAUCAGCACAAUAUCAGAGUCCCCUUCUGAUCUGCCUCGAUGUGAACCUGGUUUCGGUUGCUUUAAAGCUUGUCCACUGACCACGUGUGAAUCGGUCGUCAUGUGGAGAAGAAGUGGAAACUUUGUGGACUUUAAAAUCGUUGCACGUCUUGAUCGACCUAACAACAGAUGGGUCGCCAUCGGUUUCUCUCCAACAGGCAGAAUGCCCAAAACCAGUGUCAUAAUGUGCCUGGUUGACAACGGUAAAAUAAGCGUGGAGGAAGGAAUAAACAAGGGAUACAGUUUUGGUCCUCUGUCUAAUAAAACACUAGGAUUAACUAACAUUUCCGCCAGUGUCGUGGACAGCGUCUUGAGGUGCACGUUUACACGUCAAAUCAACAUCAGCGGGAGUGUAGAAAGCAUUUACAGUCUGACCAAGAAAUAUUUCCUGUUGCUUGGAGACGGCCCUAUCAUAGGUGGCACACCGGGUCAGCACGAAAAAACUCCGGUUAAAAGUGAAAGUCGAGUGGAUUUCUUGGUGAACGAGAACGUAGGAUCGGACGACCCGUCCAAGACACUGUACAAGCUACAUGGGAGCCUGAUGAUCCUGUCCUGGAUGUUUCUGUCCAGUGUGGCCAUCAUCACUGCCCGGUACUAUAAGUCGGAGUGGAGGGGUAUGAUGCCCUGCGGGGUCAAAGUCUGGUUCGCUAUACACAGAACCAUGAUGUCAAUGGUAUUCAUCAUUACUACCGCCUCUUUCAUCAUCAUCUUCAUACAAGUGGGCUCACUUCUACAGGAAACGGAGGGUGACAUAUAUGUAAGGUAUCACCCGGCGCUUGGAAUCACAGUCAUGGCUCUAUGUGUUGCAAAUCCAAUCAUGGCCUUUUUCCGGUGUGACCCAGGACACAAAUACAGACAUGCCUUUCAUUAUUCCCAUAUGUUUGUUGGAACUGCUGCCCAAAUUUUGUCAGCUAUUACGAUAUAUUUCGGAGUGAAUCUAGAGAAAUCAAACACUCCAGAGGAAGCUUCAUACAUAGUCAUAGCCUACAUCAUUACUUACGUCAUAAUUGAGGUCAUUCUCGAAUGUCAAAAAUAUUACAGAAGAAAUGAAGACGAGACAGAAACACAGAUUUUACUCAGAUCUACUUCAAAUGUUCCUCAACAAAAAUAUCAGAAACAUCAGGUUAACAGCUUCAAGUUAACAGUACUUACCAUUCACUUCGUGUGCAUGUCCAUGUACUGUAUGGUACUGAUUUACUUUGUGGCGACGGCAUAGAAAGGACGCCAUAGCGGAAACCUUGAUCUCAGAUAGGAAAACCGGAGGAAAACUGUAUGGUGGUAAAGAAUUCACGUGCGUUGAAGAGCGAAAAUGUGAUAUUUGUUACUCAGUUUUGUAAAUAAACAGUUUUGAUUAUUUUACAACAA